GGGGUCGGCGGCCGGGGCGCGGGGCCGGGCAGCCGACUCGGCACCUGCAGCGGAGCCGUGACCCCGGGCCUGACUCGUGCGCUUUGCCUUGGCAGGCGAUCGCCGCGUGAGCGCCCAUGACCUACCAGCGGGACGACUUCCUGAAGGAGUACAUCAGGAUGAUGACCAACAUGGUCAUCCUGAGCCUACUCAUCUGCAUCUCCCUGGUCUUCUGGAUCAUCUCCAUCACGGCCAGCACCUACUACGGUACUUUACGGCCAAUUUCUCCCUGGCGUUGGCUUUUUUCAAUUGUGUUUCCACUACUGAUUUCUUCACAAGGGUAUAAAAAAAAGAGUCUUGAUCACAGUGGAGCUCUGGGAGGAUUAGUGGUUGGGUUUAUCCUAACAGUUGCAAAUUUCAGCUUCUUCACUUCCUUGCUCAUGUUUUUUGUUACUUCUUCAAAACUUACUAAAUGGAGAAAAGGUGCCAAGAAGCAAAUAGAUUCAGAAUACAAGGAAGGUGGGCAGAGGAAUUGGGUGCAAGUAUUCUGUAAUGGUGGUGUGCCUACAGAGCUGGCACUGCUGUAUAUGAUAGAAAAUGGACCAGGUGAAAUUCCAAUAGAUUUUUCCAAGCAUUACACAGCAUCGUGGAUGUGUCUUUCCCUUUUGGGUGCUUUGGCAUGCUGUGCUGGUGAUACAUGGGCUUCAGAGAUUGGCACUGUCCUAAGUAAAAGUGAACCAAGAUUAAUAACAACAUGGGAAAAGGUACCAAUAGGUACCAAUGGAGGAAUUACUGUAAUUGGCCUUAUUUCAAGUUUGCUUGGUGGAACAGUAGUAGGAGUGGCUUACUUCAUUACACAACAGAUUUUUGUGAGUGAUCUGGAUAUAUCUGCUCCACAGUGGCCAGUCAUUAUGUUUGGAGCAGCAGCUGGUUUACUAGGUUCAAUCGUUGAUUCAUAUUUAGGAGCUACAAUGCAAUAUAGUGGUUUUGACAAGCGUAUUGGCAUGGUUGUCAACCACCAAACAAAAGACUCAGAGCACAUAUCUGGAAAACCUAUACUAGACAACAACGCAGUGAACCUCUUUUCUUCCGUAGUCAUUGCUUUGUUGCUACCUGGUAUAGCAUGGGGUUUUUGGCCAAGAGGAUGAAACAUCAUAAUUUUUUUAUAUGUGGUUCAAAUCUUACUCGGAAAUUUCUCCGCAGAGCACUAUUUUUGCCUUACGGAGGGAAGGGGUCUGUAACCUUUACAGAGCCAUAAGGGCUUAACUUCCUUAAGCGGUAAGUUUCAUGUAACAGCCACCAUCUGUCUGGGCAAAGGUGAUGGCCUUUUAAUAACCAGUCAGUACAGCUUCUUAACUGAACAUAGAUCACUACUGUGUGACAUGAAGUACUUCAUCAGUCACACUUCUGAUGAUGAAUACUUGGCCUGCAAAUCAGUUCUGGUACCCAGAAGCUGGGAAAGGGAGAGACUGGAUAAUGAACCAUUGCCACUAUUCACCAAGCCAGACCGAACGCUACGUAACUUCUUAAAAGUUCAUAAUAGUACAGAUGAAAUCACUGAAUUUAGGUUUAGUACAUAUUUUCCAUCAUCUGCUAAGUUUUAUAGAAACAAGCUAAUGUACUUUAAUUGUACUUUAAUAAGCAACAUUGCCCAUUCUGUGUUUUGAUACUUUUACCAAUAAGAUGACCAAUAAGAUGACCCUUGUCCUUGCUUUUUUUCUUGACAGCCUAUUUGACUUGUAUAAAAUGGGGUUAUAAAGCUUACAUUAGCAAUACCAUGAGGUACUUCUUAUCAAAUUAAAUUACUGAUAUUUAAAUUUAGAGUACAAUUUUAAUUAAAACUCAUCUGUUUAGAAAAGGUGAAUAUUGCUACUGAAAGUCUAAAAUUAUAUAUUAGAAUUAUACUCGGUUUUUUCACCACAUGAUACUCUUCAUGUCUGUUCCGAGUAGUGCAAUUUUUGUUGCUGUUGUUGGGUCCCCAGUAAUGCAACAUAUCUGUUUAGUGCUAAAUAAACUUCACACUGGAAAUGGAAUGGUGUGAAGACCUUUACCUUUACCAGCUUUCAAUUCUGUCUUCCAGUGGCAGGCUAAAGAGAUUUUCAGUUGAUACGGUAAAUAAAGGAUCUGAUUCUAUAACUAGGUUGCAUGCACUGCCCACCUCCAUCCCUUUGCUGGAUCUGACCCAUAAGACCUUACCAACUAUUUUUCCAGUUUGAGUGAGAUUACCCGUUCCAGUGAUAAUUCCCAAUUUGAAAGUGUAGGAGAUCUCAAACCAGUAGCAUCAUUUAAAGCAAAAUUAAAUAAAUGUGAUCACUUCGUCUCAAUGUUUCUGUUGAAAGGCACUGAAACAAAAAGCAUAAAUGCUCUUAUUGCUUAGCUGUAUUUUUACUGUAAAUAGACAGGUUUUUCUUCAUGCAUAGUUGGGAUUUUCUACUGCGUCUAAAUAGACAGUCACAUUUUUUUUCUCUUGUUAAGUGGUGUUAAGCAUCCAAGGAGGACUUGGGAUGAUGGCGAUGUUCUGAGAUGACUUACUUUCAGUUUAAAUGUGUUAUUGUCUGGUGUGUUGUUUCAGGGAUCAAAGGUUUAUUUUUAAACCCUUAAGUAAGCAUUUAACCAAGUUUUCACUGAUAUCUGAUAUGGGCAUGUGUGGUGUUUUAGUUAACACUGGAAACACAACCAUAACAUUAAAAUGAGCUUUCCAAAACAGUAUGAAAUGUCUUGAUUUCUAUUAUAUAAAUUUAAUAAAGUUUUAAGAAGUCAUUUGGAAGCUUGCAGCAGGGUUGGAAUUUUCAGAAGUGCUUAAUGCUUGGUGUCUUAACUUUUCCAGUGAGGGGAGUUAAGUUUAUGUGGAGUUAUCUUGAAAUUCCCACUCAGAAAUCUCUAGUGUUGUAGAAGAACCCAACCAUUCUUUAGCUUUACAGAAAAUUACAUUGCCUUGGCAGGAUGACAUUACACUGAAUAGAACAUAACUGUUCACAUUAAUGUGUUGUAUUUAACUUAUGUUCCAUAAAAGCGACCCAGAAAGCUUAGUCUAUCUGAAAGGGGGAAAUGUAGGCAUUCUAAGAAAAUUAGAUGUAAGUGACUUGGUGCCUGUAAACUAGUUUAUGUCACUGAGAGCUGUUCCAAAAAAAAAGUUGAGGCAAUACUGCAGAAGAUGUCUGGAUAUAAACAGAGACUAUAUAUAUAUAUAUAUAUAUGAAAGUAAAAGGGAAGGUAAUAAAAGGGAAGCAGAUAAGGGAAGGAGAGGAUGAAAGAUUAUUAAUAGAAAUAAAUUGGGCCUGUUUCCCCCUCUCCCCCCCCCCCCCCAAUCAGCUUACAUUUCACUUACUUUGAAAUAUCUGAAUAUUUGUUUUGCUUCAAUAUGUGUAUGGUUAGUUUUUUAUAUUAAUCUGGCACUAAUUUUCUUAAUGAACUGGCAUGUUAAUUCACAAACGACUCCUUGAGUCCUUUGGUCAGAUUUCCUUAAACUAAAAAAUUCUGAUUGGAAAGUGUAGAGCCUUAUUCUCUGUAUGAUUUUAUGGAUUAUGUAUGUUCAAGUAAAUGUGUUAUUUUUCAGUGUUUAAAUAGUAAUUUUUCUUAAUAAACAUGUGCAAUUCA